AAUCAAGUCGCGUGUGAAUGACGUAGGUUGUGUGCGCCAUGAACCAUUUCUUUUGUGUUUAUUUGUAAGCGGUGUCAAUUUUUGGAAUGUACACGGAUAUCCAUAUUUCUUAAUCUCUUUUGAUAACAUGGAUUGAUAUACGACAUAGCUAAGAGUCAAACGACUCGAUCUCUGUUAAAAUGAAUAAAGGCUGGCUGGAACUCGAGAGUGACCCGGGGUUAUUUACCCUCCUGGUUGAAGACUUUGGAGUGAAGGGUGUUCAGGUGGAGGAGAUCUAUGAUCUCCAGAGUAAAUGUCAAAGCCCUGUGUAUGGCUUCAUCUUCCUGUUUAAGUGGAUUGAGGAGCGACGGUCGAGAAGGAAGGUUUCCACCCUGGUGGAUGAAACCUCAGUCAUUGAUGAGGAAAUUGUCAAUGAUAUGUUCUUUGCCCAUCAGCUGAUCCCAAACUCUUGCGCCACCCAUGCGCUGCUGAGCGUGCUCCUCAACUGCAGUGGGGUGGGGUUGGGCACCACCCUGAGCCGAAUGAAGGCAUUCACCAAAGGCUUCAGCCCGGAGAGUAAAGGCUAUGCCAUUGGAAAUGCCCCUGAAUUGGCCAGAGCUCACAAUAGCCAUGCAAGACCGGAGCCAAGGCACCUUCCUGAGAAGCAAAAUGGCAUCAGUGCGGUGCGGACGAUGGAAGCCUUCCAUUUCGUCAGCUAUGUGCCCAUCAAGGACAGACUGUUUGAGCUGGAUGGACUCAAAGCCUAUCCUAUUGACCAUGGGCCUUGGGGAGAGGAGGAAGAGUGGACUGACAAAGCACGGCGGGUUAUCAUGGAGAGGAUUGGAUUGGCCACAGCAGGGGAGCCGUACCACGAUAUCCGAUUCAACCUGAUGGCCGUGGUGACGGAUCGGCGCAUGAAGUACGAGUCCAAACUGGAACUUCUCAAGCGGAAUAGGCAGAUGGUUCUGGAAGGCCUGCAGCAGGUCAGAAAGUUGAUCCGGGUGACUCAGCCAGAGCUGGUCCAGGACCGGAAGCAGCCGCAACAGGACUCCUCUCCUGGGGACACGCCGCCCGUAGUCAAGAAGGAGCCAGGGACUGAGCCAGUGGCUGCCGAGCAGAACCCUCCCACAGAUUCUCCAGAUGGUGGUGGCAUGACCUCCCCUGCAGCCCCGACUACUUCAGGUCGUGGUCGGGGGGCCACUAAGCCCACUAGCAGCGCUCCAUUAGCAGUGCCUCUUCCCCCUGCGGCGAGCCCCAACCCCAUCGCUCAGCGGCUCCCUGCUUUCCUCGACAACCACAACUAUGCCAAGUCACCCAUGCAGGAGGAGGAGGAUCUAGCAGCAGGCAUGGGGCGCACCAGGGUGCCUGGUCCUCCCCAGCCUUCGUACUCAGAUGAUGAAGAUGAUUAUGAGGAUGAAGAGGAGGAACAGUGUACUGCCACUGCCACUUCCAGCAGGUUCCGUCGGAAGGCAGGACUGAGGACGCGGGGCGCCAGUCGCCCAGGGCCGGGCAGUGCUAGCGCGCCCAUGGAGGGCCAGUUGGCACUCAGCGUGCUGGCAGAGAAACUCAAGAAGGAGGUGCAGCGGAAGGAUGCCACGGCGACCGCCUCCGGGGCGGGGGGGGGCAGCACCCCGCUGUCGGUGCGCACCGAGGGGCGCGUGUGCGUGACGGCCGGCUCGCAGCCCUCGCCCACGCCCAGCAACGAGAGCACGGACACGGCGUCGGAGAUCGGCAGCGCCUUCAACUCGCCGCUGCGCUCGCCGGCGCGCUCCCAGGCGGCCACGCGGCCCUCCAGCCCCGUGGCGGCUCAGCUGACUCGCGCCCUCUUCGGGGACGAGGAGACGGCGCUGCUCCGGCUGGACGCCCGACACAACCGCGCCGUCAGAGAGUUGGGGCCCAACAUCAGCACCUCUGUGCUCCAACUGCAGGAGGAUGGGGUGAUCUACACAAUGCCCCCCACAGACGCAGGGGUGGAGGGCACUAAGAGAGGGGGCCCCGUGGAGAAGGGGAGCAGCCCAGCCCUAAAGGAGGAGGGGAAGGAGGGUCCGUCAGUGGAGGUGAAGGAGGAGGAGGAGGGCACCGAGCCAGCAGACGUCAAGCCCAACAAAGACGCUCUCAAGCCCCAGGGGGAGAAGUACUCUCCGAAGGAGCUGCUGGCCUUGCUGAAGUACGUCGAGGCGGAGAUCUCCAACUACGAGCAGUGUCUGCGUGAGGAGGUGGAGAAGAGGAAGAAAUAUAAGAUUGAUGAUCAGCGGAGGACGCACAACUACGACGAGUUCAUCUGCACCUUCAUCACCAUGCUGGCACAGGAGGGUAUGCUGGCCAACCUUGUGGAGCAGAACAUCUCCGUACGCCGCCGUCAGGGUGUGAGCAUUGGCCGGCUACACAAGCAGAGGAAGCCAGACCGCAGGAAACGUUCGCGACCAUACAAAGCGAAGCGCCAGUGAAGAACUGGAGGAGAAACCAGAGACGCCUCAGAUUCCGCUGGGAUAUGGGGACCAUGUGAUUCAACAAUCGCAGAACCUUGCAAGUAGUUUAAUAUAACUGCAAUCCUCCCAACUCUGUCCUUUGCAACAACAACAAAAAAAAUCACAAACAGAAAAUGUAUGAAAUUCACCGACUGAUUUUAGAGACUGCUGACUCUUUCUGUGAAUUGGUCUCGUAAAGGACCAGUCAAAUGUUCACGCUGUGACAAGUCAUCCAUACUUUUUACAUGAAUGUUUUCAGCAUGUCCUGUCUGAGCCAAUCAGAUUGAUGAUAACAACAGGGGACAAAGGAAAGAAGCUCUUAAAGGCAACUUUAGGGAGAACAUACUGUCAUACUGAAAGACUUCUUCAUACUGCGUACUGCUCCUGUUGACGCUGGCAUUGUAUGCCUGGUAGGGCCAAUCUAUCCAGGUGCCCUGUAGGAAACCAUUUCUAAUCGAAAGGGAAAUGUACUUUGCCUCUGAAGUAGCUAAUGAUGGAUCCCUUUCAAAGAAAUGCCAAUGAAAAUAUUUUUCUUUUUUUAUGAAACAUGUUGAUGUUAUUAUUGGGCUGUUAGGGGUUGCAGACAGGACUUAUUCAUGUAGUGUGAGAAUGUUGAUCAUGUGGAAGCCUUGCUCUCCCUGCUGUUUUUUAAAGGGGAGGUGGAGGUGGGAUAUUGUUGUUUGAACUUUUGAUGUGUACAUUAUCAGUGUUUUAUUACAAGCCACAAGAUUUUCUUCCUCUUGCUCUUAGCAUAUUUCUGUGCGUGUGUGUGGGCGUGUGCGUGUGUGUGUGCGUGCGC